GUGUACGAUGUACGCCUGUGUUAUUGGCAAAUUAUCCAUAUUGAAGACCAACGGUUUAACCGCUAGAUGAUAACAUCAAAAUUUGUGUUAUUUACCCUACAUAUCGAGGCAUAUUUUGUGCCAAUUCAUGUGCCUAAAUGCUUGAACUUCGUCAAAUACAUCCCUAUUGGGUUUCUAUUUGAUUCCGAUGUAAUUUUAGGGUGUAUUAGUCGAUAUGCGAGAAUUAGAUAGAAAAGAAGGUCACAAGUGUAGAGAAGGGGCAGGAAUUGAAAAUCCUGGUCUAGAAGCAGAAGAUCACGACCGGGAUCACAAGCCGCGAAGUCCAGCUGAAGAUCGCGGCACCGAAGCUAUAGAUCGCGACCGCGAUCUUGGAGGCUCGGGACGCGAACUUCACGAGGAAGGAGCCUUGGAGAAACAGAGAGUCUCCACAGUCAAGUUACAACCAACAUUCAUCUUGUCCACUAGGAAGAUCGCGACCACGACUAGUGGAUCGCCACCGCUAAGUCAGCCCGCUAUCCUCCUCUUCCCAAAAGCCUCGACGAUUGCAUUUUGAGAUCACGACCAAGAGAAUAAAGAUCCCGCCCGCGAUCUCCUUACCUCAGGCACUAAAAUUUUUCGAAUCCAGAAUGCUUAUAAAUACAAGACCCCUUUCCCAUUUUGAAGAGAGCUUAUUUUGAGAGAAACUUUAUGGUAUUAGAGAGAGAAAAGAGAGAGAAGAUGAAGGAAGGAGAAGGAGGAGGAGCUAGGAGCAAGGAGGCAUCUUAUUCAACCCCAAGUCUUCUUCUAUUUCUACCAGGUAUCUUCUUUCCUCCUUUAUCGAAUAGUCCUCUAAGGUACUAGAGGUUCUAAACCCCAAAGCCUAGUUUUAGGGUUUACUAUGUAUGUAUGGAUAUUUUAGGGUUUGAAUGAAUGAAUGUGUUUGUC